AUGCAGAAGAAAGAACAAAAUAAACCAAAACGGGUGAAGAAACCGUACGACAUCAAGAAGGCGGAUCUUGAUCUUGCUGGCUAUAGAAAAGAGCUAGCUGAUCGAUCACCCGCGCAUCUUUUCCAACGGGCAAUAACUUCUUUGCGCGCAUCUCGGCAGUUCCAUCUGUAUCUGUUACUUCAAGCUAUCGCUGCGUUCUACGGGUACGGGCAGUUUAUGUUCUGCAUAGGAAUUUUAUGGAUGUGCUAUGUGAAUACUGGGACCAGAAAAGACGGGGAAAAGAGCGCAUAUUCGGUCUUUAACAAAAACGUCGAAGCUAUUGAUGGAGCUACAAAUCUGGAAUACCUUGAUCGGGAGAUCAGAAGACAAAUUUAUUGA